UGCUCUCACCAAUCAGACGCACAGCUCACGGGGGGACGCUCUGCCCUCGCGUGAGGCGCGCUGGCGGCGUUCUGCGAGCAAUGGAGCGGGACAGGGACCGGGCGGAGCUGGUGCCUGCCCUCUGCCACAAAUCUUCAUCCUUGGAGCGGGUGGAGGAGGAUGGUGAUGACGAUGAGGAGGACGAUGAACUGGACAUCUUUGGGGGUUACGACAGCCUCACGUGCUACAACAGCAGCAUGGGCAGUGACAGCAGCUCCUGCCUGGAGGAGUCCAGCGAUGACGAGGUGGCAGAGCGGGAAGCUGGCGAGCUCUCGGCCUCUCCCAUGCACCAGCCGUCCACAGGCCGGCUCACAGAGGACAGUGGCUCCGAGCCAGCUGUGUGCGAAAUGUGUGGGAUUGUGGGCACCAGGGAGGCUUUCUUCUCCAAGACCAAACGUUUCUGCAGUGUCUCCUGCUCCAGAAGCUACUCCUCAAAUUCCAAAAAGGCCAGCAUCCUGGCCAGACUGCAGGGGAAACCACCAACAAAGAAAGCUAAAGUUCUGCACAAGGCAUCCUGGUCAGCCAAGAUCGGGGCCUUCCUCCAUUCGCAGGGCACGGGACAGCUGGCAGAUGGGACGCUGACAGGUCAGGAUGCACUCGUCCUGGGCUUUGACUGGGGAAAGUACCUGAAGGAGCACGGCUACAAGGCAGCUCCUGUCAGCUGCUUCAAACAUGUGCCGCUCUUUGAUCAGUGGGAUGAUGUGGUGAAAGGUAUGAAAGUGGAAGUGCUGAACAGUGAUGCUGUGCUCCCCAGUCGUGUAUACUGGAUUGCAUCUGUCAUCCAGAUUGUAGGAUACAGGGCCCUUCUGCGAUAUGAGGGCUUUGAGAACGAUGCUGGUCAUGACUUCUGGUGCAAUUUGGGCACAGUGGAUAUUCACCCCAUUGGCUGGUGUGCCAUCAACAGCAAAAUCCUGGUACCACCACAAACUAUCCAUGCCAAGUACACUGACUGGAGAAGUUACCUCAUGAAAAAACUGGUGGGAGCUAGGACCAUCCCAGUGGAUUUCCACAUAAAGAUGGCAGAGAGCAUGAAGUACCCGUUCCGGCAGGGCAUGCGGGUCGAGGUGGUGGAUAAGAACCAUGUGUCCCAGACACGUAUGGCAGUGGUGGACACAGUCAUUGGGGGCAGACUGAGACUCCUCUAUGAGGAUGGUGACAGUGAUGAUGACUUCUGGUGCCACAUGUGGAGUCCCCUCAUCCAUCCUGUGGGCUGGUCACGGAGAGUCGGCCAUGACAUAAAGAAGACAGACGAAAAACGUAAUGACAUGGCAAACCAUCCCACCUUCAGGAAGAUUUACUGUGAUGCUGUGCCCUAUCUGUUUAAGAAGGUACGAGCUGUCUACUCUGAAGGUGGAUGGUUUGAGCGAGGCAUGAAACUGGAAGCAAUUGACCCCUUGAAUCUGGGCAACAUCUGUGUGGCCACUGUUUGCAAGGUUCUCUUGGAUGGGUAUCUCAUGAUCAGCAUUGAUGGAGCAACGUCUGAUGAUGGCUCUGACUGGUUCUGCUAUCACGCGUCCUCACACGCCAUCUUCCCUGCCAACUUCUGUAAGAGGAACAACAUUGAACUGACCCCUCCAAAAGGGUAUGAAGCAAAGACAUUCAGCUGGGAGUGUUACCUGGAAGAGACCAAAUCAAGAGCUGCUCCAUCACGGCUCUUCAACACAGACUGUCCCAACCAUGGCUUCAAGGCAGGCAUGAAGGUGGAGGCAGUGGACCUGAUGGAACCCCGGCUCAUCUGUGUGGCCACGGUGAAGCGUGUAGUCCAACGUCUCCUUAGCAUCCAUUUUGAUGGCUGGGACAACGAGUAUGACCAGUGGGUGGACUGCGAGUCUCCAGACAUUUAUCCUGUGGGGUGGUGUGAGCUGACAGGCUACCAGCUUCAACCACCAGUGGUUCCAGAGCCCACAGCUCCAGCGAAGGCCAAGGAGGUGCCCAAGAAGAGGAAGAAACCCUAUGGAAAGAAGAGAAAAAAGUUACCUGCCAAAGCCCGCAGUGUCAAGCAGCCUGUCAAGAAGCCUUCUGCCAUGAACUCAAAACGAGAAGCAAAAGCUGCCAGCCAGGCUUUGCCAGACCCAGCACCCGAUGAGAUCAUUGCUGUGCGGGUGAAAGAAGAAACCAUUGACCCUUCAGAUGCAGAAUUUGGACAGACAGAGCUUCCUGUUCCCAUCAGCAGCAUAAAGGAGGAGGACACAGACUGAUCUGGAGCAUUCCACAGCUGCCCACAGCAGCUUCACCUUGUGGCUCUCUAGGGAAGGUCCCAGCAAAGGGAAACAGAGGACCAAAAGGGCCUUCCUUUUUUAAAGCAGACCACCCUGUGGCAUUGUAACUCUGCUUUCCUGGUGUCCAAGAAAAUUUCCUCCAGACUUGUAAUAUUAAGCCCUAGGAAACAGCAGGAAGACUGCAGGUGUGCUGCAGAGCAUGACCAGGGUGGCUGCUGUAGUUGUGCCUGCCUGCUUUUAAAGGCACCUUUUGGAUCAGGAGCUCAAAACAAGGAAAGAGGCUACCCGAGCACAAAAGGCCAGUUUGAGUUCUUAGCUUUGGCUGGAGGUGACAAGUGACGAGUGCAGGACGUAUCAGGAAAGGAGCUGCCCCUGUAGGACUUUGGUGCUGUGCUCUCUGGUCUAAGUGCUGCGAACCCCAAGAAAAUCGGGACAGGAAGAGUGGAAAGAGGUGAAGAAACAAAAGGAGAUGAUGAUGCCUGCUGAAGAAGUGAGACCUUUUUUCAUAGAAUGGUUUGGGUUGGAAGAGGACCUUAAAGAUCUCAAGAUCCUCAUCUAGUUUUAGUACCCCUGCUGUGGGCAGGGACACCUACCACUAGACCAGGUUGCCCAGAGCCCCAUCCAACCUGGCCUGAACACUU